AUGGCGCCUCCCCAGCAGUACCCUCUCCCACCCAUCGUCUCGAACCUCGCCGACGUGUACACCUCGUACGUCUACCCUCUCCUACCCGGCCCUCUACAGUCCGUCUCCGCGGGGGUCGCGUCGGUCUUGUCCUCCGGCAUCGCCGCCGCGACGAGUGGAGACCUUGUGUCGCUGGCAGCGUUCGUGGUGGUGUUGUACUUGACUCUGAAGAUAGCCGACUACGUACGGCGCAGCGUGGUCGCGUGGGUGGUGUUCGUCGUCAAGAUCGCCGUGGUCCUGGCGCUGGUCAAUGCGGCCUUUUAUGUGAAUAGCGUGGGCGUGCAAAAGGCGCUCGGGGACGCCGAAUGGCUCGUGAAUUGGCUCUGGAGCUUUGUCGAGGACAAGGUCUUGAACGGUGCCGGAACUGACAACAAGACGGGUCCGUUUGCGUACUAUGGAGGUGGGAGGCAGCAGGUGCCGAUUUCACGGGGCAAGAGCAAGUGGACUUAG